UUAUACGAAUCUAUAAAUUUAAAAUAACACCAAGAUUCAUAAUUGUUACCAACACAACGGGAGUUAACAUCAGCAUUACAGAAUAACGUUUCUAUAAAUACUUAAAAUGGCAUUUAAACAAUUAAAAAUGUCAUACCUGAUCAACACAUAUAUACCACGUCCAUGGAUGCGUUUAAUUCAGCCUUUUAGCGUUGGAACUGCAAAUCUGGCUGCAAAGGAAGUACUUCCACGAGAAUUUUCUGAACCUAAAAUUCCCCCAUACACGGAAAGGGUUGAUGAACCACUUAAAUUAAAAAAAGCACGUCUCCUCUACCAGUCACGCAAGAGAGGAAUGCUUGAAAAUGAUCUCUUGCUAGCAACUUUUGCAGCCAAGUACCUUCAAAACAUGACAGCGGAGCAAGUUAAAUUGUACGACCGCCUUAUCAACUUACCAUCUAAUGACUGGGACAUUUUCUAUUGGGCUACAGGAAUUAAACCUACACCAGCUGAAUUUGACAAUGAAAUUAUGCAGUUAUUGAGGGAUCACGUUCAAAACAAGGACCGAGAGUCUAGGAUUCGGCAACCUAAUUUGUAUGCUUGAUAGCCAUUGAAUGUUUUACAAAUGCAAAAUGUAAAUGUCACCUAGGAAAACAACACAUCAUGUAUAAUAAAUUAUUCUCAGGCUACCAGAUAUGUAAGGUAGCUUAAUGAAGAAAACGCCAAUGUUUUGAGAACCAUCUUCAUCCUCAUCCUCAGGGUACUGUAGUUGUAGGAGAUUCCUGGAUGUAUGAUUAAAAAGAAAACAAAAAAUGAAGGGGUUCUCCUAUAAUUACAGUACACUGAGGACAAGGACGAAGAUGGUUCAAGAAAUGUUGUUUUCUUCAUUAUGCCACCUUACAUGGCUGAUAGCCUGAGAAUAAUUUACUAUAAUUAGUCGCAGUGAAAGCUCCAGAUCAUAAGACAAAUCAUGUAGAUAACAUUGAUUAAUUGAAUAGUACAUGAAGACUGUUAGAUGUAAUGAAUUAUCAAUAAUUACUGCUGUGUUACAUUAUUCAUGUGUUCUUAAAAAAAAUACUAGUGUUUUUUCUUUGAUAUAAUGGGAUCAUUCUUCCAAUAAUAUUAAAGCAUUCACAAGUCUGUUUUGAGUGAUGUGUACAUCUAAUAUAUAAGUGAACCUGUUACUCAUUUAUUACGUAUGAAAAUUUGUAAGGGAGAACUUAUAUAAGUAAAGAUACAAAUCUUAAAACAGACGAAUGUAUGAAAGUAA